AUGCAUUACGAGGAUGGUACAGAAGUACAGACACUUACUCUCAAAAUGGUAUUGCCGUCCAAAUGGGCAGGACACACUGUCGAUUACCUCAAGGAUUUCUUCGUAGAACAUUACAAUACUAAAAAGCCGGAAAAUGUGCUGGAUGCAACUGAGAUGCAUUUAGAAAAAAAAGGCAACGCGAUACUUUUCGGCGAUGAACUACUACACACGGCAGUGCAGAAGUACGACGACCUGUUUCUCAAACCUGGUAAAUCCAUGCCUAAACCCGUGCGCGCUCAAA